UUAUCUUAGUGUUCGGUAAAAAUUUCGUAGUAGGAUUGAAGGUUUUGUUGUCUUGUAGGCUUGCCAUGUUUCAGCCAAGCCAUCUGUUAGUUGACAUUCAUGGAGGCUUUAGCACUAUUCUGGACUUUGUUGUUGGUUUUGUCUACAGUAUGUCCUGUGUUACACACUGACGCCGAAGAAACGAGGACCUAUCAGCAAGUAGGUCAUGGCUAUGGGGAGUCGUUAAUAGGUGAUGACCUGAGCGCCAGGACCGUGUUCAACAUGUCGGACUUUGAUCAGAACAGUUUGCUUACAGAAGACGAGUUCAAGCGUGUCUUCCGAAAUUUCGACAAUAAUAGUGACAACCAUGUGACUACGAGAGAAUUUCUGGACCAUUGGCAACACAAGGACCUGGGCACUCUUGACAAGGGCCUGCAGCUCUUUAUGAAUCUCGACGUUAACAAGGACUGGGUGAUUGACAUGGACCGCGAUAUGAUGUACAUCUUCCUUUGGUUCGACGUCAAUAGGGAUAGUCAAGUAACUGAGUCCGAGUUCGUCACAAUCUGGAUAAAGAUGUAUUCUUAAGACAUGCCGAUGUGUUGUUGCUGUUCAUCAACCAAUAUAUUUGACAAAAUAAAAUAAAACAUGGCGUUUCAAUAA